AUGGAUGGAUCCUAUACUGCGUUGGAACCUCUGCCUGUUAGUAGACGACAUGUGGAGAAUUGCCGUUAUUCCAAUUGGUAUCAUUUGUUUCCGGGUCAUGUACCGCUGUCUAGGGUAAUCAAACCGCUUCCGGCAGAGUUUGUUCGUUAUUUGGAGCAGGAUGGGAUAAGGCUACCAGAUCCUGAGCAAGUCAAGUCUUUUUAUACACAGGGAGUUGUAGGAGAUGAGGAAAACGAAUACAGUGACUGGAGCGAAAAUGAGGAAGACGAAUCCUCGAGUGAAAAAGCAGAAACUAUGGACCCUCUCAAAGACUUUCCGGAGCUACAUGAGACGAUAGGUUCAAUAAUACGGGAGCUGGGCGCGGUAGCGCCCAAACUCAAUUGGUCUGCUCCGCGAGAUGCGACUUGGAUUCUACCCAACAACACGAUGAAAUGCUCGGAGAUUAAUGAGCUGUAUCUUUUGCUGAAUGCCUCUAACUACAUAUCUUUUGAUCUGCAACAUGGCUUUGAUGAAUGUGCCGAUGAGGGCGACGACAGCGAGGGUGCGGAGUUCGAGCUGGUCUUAAGACAGUGGUUCGACAUCAAUCCAGCGUUGGAGUUUCGAGUUUUCGUGAAAGACGGGCGCCUACUAGGGGUUUCGCAGCGCGAUUUAAACUACUACAGCUUUCUGGAACCACUGGUUGAGGAUUUUAAAGACGUAAUCGAUGAAUUCGUCAGCGAUGUGUUUUUAACAAAGUUUACUGAGAAAGCAUGCGUACUCGACGUGUACAUCCCCCGACCUUUCAACAAAUUAUAUCUGAUUGAUAUCAAUCCUUUCUCGAGAACUACUGAUUCGCUUUUGUUUUCAUGGAACGAGCUGCUUUCUGAAGAUACAGAUGGAGAAUGUGACUAUGAACUAAGAAUAGUCAGUGAAAAUAAUGUAGGUCGAUUUGCAUCGAAGGAACACUCCGAGAAUCAAGUCCCUAAGGAUAUUGUCGAUGCUUCGCUGGACCCUGAAUCGAUUAGAGAGCUUACUGAAAAGUGGCGUGACCUGUUGCGUCACCAAGAAGCGGAAGACUCCGAUGGAAGUGAGAAACUCGAUUAA